GAUUUCGUUGGCAAACCAAAUUGUCUCAAGCGUAUUUUCUAUCAUAUUUUGAUGUUUUGGGUCAUGCGGGUCUUCUUCGUAUUAUCUCUGGCUCUUGGUAUAUGCCAAGAGUACGGCACAACAACCACUCAAGACUACCCAAACGGAUCAUCUUCAACAUGCUCGAGAGCUCCUAGCAAAAUAUCCCCUUAUCGACACUCAUGUGGACACUCCACAAGUCUUACGUGUCCUCUCUUCUCAUCCGCUCGAUAUGAUAGAUAAAUUCAACACUGGUCUUCCUGGACAAUUCGACAUCCCUCGAGCUCGUGAAGGUGGUCUAGGAGGGGCGUUUUUCACCGUUUGGACUCCUUGUCCUGGAGAGGUUGGGGUAAAUGUUGGACAUGAUUUUCUCGAAUUGGGUAAUACCGUGAGGGACACAAUCGAAUCUAUUGAUCUCAUACGUGAAAUGAUUGAUCAAAGUCCUCAAUUACAAUUGGCUUUGACGGCGGAUGAAGCUGAAGCUGCUUUUGGUAAUGGGAAAAUCGCAGCUUUGAUUGGUAUGGAAGGAACUCAUAUGUUGGGAAAUUCACUCUCCACCAUUCGUAUUCUCGCCCGACUAGGAGUCCGUUAUCUAACCCUUGCUCACGUUUGUCACUCCUCCUUCGCCUCCUCCGCCGGUGGAGCAGCAGGUAGUGACGGUUCUUAUCUUCGACCUCAUCAUCCAGGAAAUGGACUCACACCAUUCGGUCGAGAAUUAGUAGAUGAACUCAAUCGUCUUGGAAUCAUGGUUGAUCUUUCACAUGUUACACCAGAAACAAUGAGAGACGUAUUAGAUCAAACAGACGUUCCAAUAGUAUUCACUCAUAGUGGUGCUAAAGGUAUUCUUGAACAUCCUCGUAAUGUUCCCGAUGAUAUCUUAAAACGUAUUGGUACCAGUGCUGGAAAAAUCGAUGGGGUUAUACAAAGUGUUCUUUAUCCUAUAUUUAUCGAUCCUCAUAACCAAACUAUACCAAGAUUAGUUGAUCAUGUAGAAUAUAUCGCGGAACAUACCAGUAAAGCUCAUGUGGGAUUAGGAUCAGAUUUUGAUGGUAUUCAAUGGUCUAUUGAAGGAUUGGAAGAUGUGUCAAAAUGGCCUUAUCUACUUGCUGAGUUUUUGAGAAGGGGGUGGACUGAUGAAGAAAUGAGAGGAUUGAUGGGAGGUAAUCUAUUGAGAGUUAUGAGAGGUGUAGAAGAAGCUGCUGAACGUCGAAGAGGACAGAAAGCGAAUAGAGCGACAUAUGAGAAAAGAACGGAUCUACCAGGUGUUAAUUGGGGUGGACCGGAAGGUGCUUAUCUACCUUUGAGGGUGAAGAAUAUCGUGGAUCAUAGACGUAUAAGGGACGAACUUUGAAAGUAAGGUGCUCGUACUGCGUAACAUGUACAGUACAUAGUUUGCUGGUAAGUAUUUCGAUAGGUCAAUCAAAGUGAUAUUGGUUACAUAGAUGUAAUAACAUCUUAGUUUUUGUUAUGAAGUUCUAUUCCACAGU